GGCGGCGAGUUCACAUAAACUUAUCAUAAAUUAAAUUUACCUGAAAUACUACAAUUCUAAAAAUUUAAAGGUGUUUGCCCUUUAGGCAUUUUAUGAUCAUAAUUGUAUGAUGAACUACCCAUAUAAAUUAAGACAGAACAAGAUUUGAACAUGCAUUUUAAUAAUUUCUUACUUAAAAUACAAAUAUAAUCGUCCCAGAUAAAGUUUGUUAACAUCCUGUUGGAAAUAAGGUUCUCUGAAGGCUUAAUAAUCAAACAUUAUACUAACUUUAAUUUUAAAAUGCUAUUAACAGUACCAAAACUCCAAAACAAACAGUUGAAGCGAUUUUUGGAGCACAGUGUGUAUCUUUUAAUUGUUUUUGUUUUAGUACCAGGUUUUAUAUAUUUUGAACUUUGUGUUGUGUUACCCUCUGUGGUAGAAAUAUGGAGUAUUUGUUAUAUUAUACAUUAUGUUUGUGCAACAUUUCUUUUAAUCAAUAUUAUUGGAAAUAUGAUAUAUGGUAUGUUUACCGAUACAAGUAUAAGAGGAAAAAUUUUGGAAAGUGAACACAAAGAAGACUGGACUAUGUGUACAAUAUGUGAGUGCCUACGACCUCCUCGUGCCUGGCACUGUGAUACCUGUGAUACAUGCAUUCUAAAAAGAGACCACCAUUGUACAUUUUUUGCUUGUUGCAUUGGUUAUUAUAAUCAUAGAUAUUUCAUGUUCUUUACACUAUACAUAUUCAUUGCUAUGGUGUAUUCAUUCUAUUAUAAUGUGAUAUUUUUGAGUAACUUUAUAAAAUGGAACCAUGGACUAAUCAUAGCUCAGUUUGUAUUUCCACUCGCUACUUUUGUGAUUGAUUUUGGAGAACAGACUUUAUAUGUAUUUUUAGUUGAGAUAAAUUUCAUUAUAGGUGCAUUUACAGGUUUUCUUUUUAUAUUUCAUUUUAAUAAUAUAUUGAAAGGUAAAAUAACUCCAGAAACAAAACCAAAUGUUAAAGGAGCCUCUUAUGACAAAGGGCUUAAACUCAAUCUAAUUGAAGUAUUUGGAUAUAGAUGGUACCUGUCAUGGAUUUCUCCCUUUAUUAAGAGCCCUUUACCUGGUAAUGGUGUUGAAUGGAUUGUUGAAGAUAAGCAUAAAUAGAUUUAAAAAAAAAUUGGGCAACAAAACACUAUUGUUAUGGCACAAAUUACACUUAAAAUAUUAGUAAAAUAUUUUCACUUUGUCUUACUUUUAUUAUUAUAAAUUAGUAUUGUAAGUAAUCUUAAGUAUUAACAAAAUAAUUAUAUUAUUAAUAUAUUUAUAAAUUGUACUUAAUUUAUUGGCAGUUAUUCAUGCCAAUAUUAAGACA